AUUGUUCCUGUUCUCUUUCUUAAGUCAUCUGAAACACUGUCCCUGCGAGUUCUUUAAGUUCCCUGCAAUCUGUACACAAGAGAAAGAGGGAGAGAGAGAGAGGGAGAGAGACAGAGAGAGCAAGGGAUCAGGUAAAGCAGUGGGGCUGCUGCAGCCAUUCAGAACUCAGGAGCUGGAAACUUGCCAAGGAUGCAGAAGGAAAUGAAGAUGAUCAAAGAUGAGGAUGUGUAUUUCAAUUUGGGUGUGAAGAGGGCCCCCUCCUUUCCCCACUGCCUGCAGCCGGCAGCUUCCCGGGGUAAAGCUCCUCAAAGACACCCUUUCCCAGAGGCUCUCCGGGGGCCUUUUUCCCAGUUUCGGUAUGAACCUCCUCCAGGAGACCUAGACGGAUUCCCCGGCGUCUUCGAAGGAGGAGGGUCUCGGAAACGGAAGAGCAUGCCCACCAAGAUGCCCUAUAGCCACCCUGCGGAAGAAGCCCCUCUUGCCCUCCAUUCUGAGGGGAACAAAAACCAUGGCCCUCCGAAACUCCCUUUGCUGUUCCCGCAGCCCCCGCGCCCCAAGUAUGACUCCCAGAUGAUCGACCUGUGCAACGUGGGCUUCCAGUUCUGCCGCACCCUGGAACACCUGGGGGCCAAAUCGAUCAAGCAGGAGCCCAUUAAGCCCAGCGCUGUGUGGGCCCAGCCAACAUCCCCGCCGUUCCCGCCCCCGCCCUACCCCUACUACCCCAAAGUCCACCCGGGCCUCAUGUUCCCGUUCUUCAUGCCCUCCUCCCCUUUCCCCUUCAGCCGGCACACCUUCUUGCCCAAGCAGACCCCGGAGCCGCUGCUGCCACGGAAAGCUGAGCCCCAGGAGAGUGAGGAAACCAAGCAGAAGGUGGAGAGGGUGGACGUGAACGUGCAGAUCGACGACAGCUACUACGUGGACGUGGGUGGGGCGCAGAAGCGCUGGCAGUGCCCCACCUGCGAGAAGUCCUACACCUCCAAGUAUAACUUGGUGACCCACAUCCUGGGCCACAGCGGGAUCAAGCCGCACGCGUGCACCCGCUGCGGGAAGCUUUUCAAGCAGCUCAGUCACCUGCACACCCACAUGCUGACCCACCAGGGCACGCGGCCCCACAAGUGCCAGGUGUGCCACAAGGCCUUCACGCAGACCAGCCACCUGAAGCGCCACAUGAUGCAGCACAGCGAGGUGAAACCGCACAACUGCCGCGUGUGCGGCCGCGGCUUCGCCUACCCCAGCGAGCUCAAGGCCCACGAGGCAAAGCACGCCAGUGGGCGGGAGAACAUCUGUGUGGAGUGCGGCCUCGACUUCCCCACCCUGGCCCAGCUGAAGAGGCACCUCACCACUCACCGGGGCCCCAUCCAGUACAGCUGCUCCGAGUGCGACAAGACCUUCCAGUACCCAAGUCAGCUGCAGAACCACAUGAUGAAGCACAAGGACAUCCGGCCCUACAUCUGCUCUGAGUGUGGCAUGGAGUUCGUGCAGCCCCACCACCUCAAGCAGCACUCCCUCACCCACAAGGGCGUGAAGGAGCACAAGUGUGGCAUUUGCGGGCGGGAGUUCACCCUGCUGGCCAACAUGAAGAGACACGUGCUGAUCCACACCAACAUCCGCGCCUACCAGUGCCACCUCUGCUACAAGAGCUUCGUGCAGAAGCAGACCCUUAAAGCACACAUGAUCGUCCACUCUGAUGUGAAGCCUUUUAAAUGCAAGCUGUGUGGGAAGGAAUUCAACCGGAUGCACAACCUCAUGGGCCACAUGCACCUGCACUCUGACAGCAAGCCCUUCAAGUGCCUCUACUGCCCGAGCAAAUUCACCCUGAAGGGGAACCUGACGCGCCACAUGAAAGUCAAGCACGGAGUCAUGGAGCGGGGCCUUCACUCACAAGGUUUUGGAAGGGGAAGACUUGGCCUGGCUCAGACGGCAGGUGUCCUGAGGAGUCUGGAACAGGAGGAGCCCUUUGACCUUUCCCAGAAGCCUCGGGUGAAGAGGCCAGUGUUUCAGUCUGAUGGGGAGAGCGCCAGGGAAAGCUCCUGCCAUGAGGAGGAGGAAGAGGAGAACUGCUACGAGGUGGAGCUGUACAGCCCAGGCCUCACCCCCCAGAACAAGCAGCUCUGCUCGCCCCAGGAUCUAUCCAGAAAACCUGAGCAGGCCACGAGGGCUCUCAGUGAACCCUGCCAGGAGAAGGAGGAAGUGCAGAAAGAAGAGCUGGAGGAGAAGAGCAAAGACAAUCUUGGUGCAGAGGGUGGUCAGGAGAGAGAGUCUGCUCUCCCAGAUGAGCGCCUAAGCCUCAGGGCUUUUCAGAGCACCCGGCGGGGCCCUUCUUUUUCUGAUUACUUAUACUUCAGGCACAGAGAUGAAAGCUUAAAAGAAUUACUGGAGAGGAAAAUGGAAAAACAAGCAAUGCUUUUAGGUAUCUAAGUGGAUAGUUUUAAAAUUACAUUUGGAAAAUGAGAACUAGGCGGUUCAAAUAUAGCUUUCUGCAUGAACUGUAAUUUGCUGGGGACGGGCAGAUGGUGCAAAUCUUGACAAAUGGCUCAGACUGAGUGAGUAGGGACAGUCCAAGGUAAUGCAAAUGCUUCUCAGGUCAUUCACUGGACCCUUAAUACUUGUAACACACGAGAAGGAUCUUCUUCGGUGUUAUUUUAUGCAUCUAUUAUCACUCCAGUAUAAUAAACUGUACAUAUUUACCUAGAUAUCUAGUUGUAAGCUGACUCUGAGGUGCUUUUAGAAAUUCUGUUUUCCUUUGACUAACAUGCAAUACAUGGCAGAUUUCUUACUAGUUGCAAAAAUACGGUGCUUCACGUGUUACCUUAUUAAAAACUAUUUAGUGACAGUUGUCGAAUUCAUGAAAGCUAUCAUAUUUUUUCAGAUAGAUUAAAACAUUAGUAGUUGUGUAUAUAAAAAGAACUUUUCUUAAAAAAUCAAAAGUACCAGAAAUGACACAGAAGGGUGAGUUAUCAGAGAAGGAUGGUCUCAAGUUGUUCCUAUAGAUACGAGAUAAAAUUUCAGGAAAAUAUGAAUAAUUUUGACUAAGGAAAAACCAGCAAUAUUUAGAUUCUUGCCUGUGUCUUGUUUCACUUCAACUACCUUCAUCAGGUGGGGCAUUUGAUACAUACUUUCAGAUGACCCAGGAGUGCUCAGGGGUUCUGGUUCCUCAGACUUGACCCCUUUCUGGCAGCCCCAGCAGAGGCCCCUCCUGGAGACCGUUGCUGCCUUGCACCAAGGCCUUAUACCC